AUGAGUUAAGAAAUUUAUGUUAGUGAUGAUGGUAAAUUAAAAUUAUUAAAUGGAAGAGAAGAGAAUAUGAGAUUAGUAAAUUCUCAUACCAGACAAGUGUUUACAUAAAUAUCUGAUUUUUAAUAUAACAUUUAGUAACCAGUGAUUGAAUAUUCAUCAUAAAGAAUAAGAACUCAAGAUAAUACUCAAAUUCUUUAAACAUAAUAAUUACCUCCUCCCAAAAUUUCAAAUCAAUAGGUUUUAAGAUAAAAUGUUUCAACUCUUAUCCUGGAACAUAUAGUGUUUAAUAAAAUUGUCAACAAGCUCCACCUCUUUGUAUGAACAUUGUAGUUGUUUCAAAAGAAGAAAUAGAAACUCCAUGGAGAUUGGAAUGUGAAUAUCUUUAUUCAAUUAUUGCUGAUUUAGAGAGAAGAAAGGAAGCAAAAGUUGUUGAAAAGAAGUAGUUAAAGUAGUCACAGAUAAUACAAGAAUUGAAUAAUUAGAAAGUUAAUUACAAUAAUUACGUAGAGAAAAUGAUUAACUAAAAAAUUAAAUGAUGCAAAUGCGAAAUAAUUAUGAAUCAUAAUUAGAUUAAUUAAGAGGAGAUGUAACAUUACAUAGUGCUAAUGCUGCUGAUGCUGCUUCAUUAUAAGCUGAAUUCUUUGCCAUGAGAACUUAAUUGGAAGAUUAGAUUGCAGGAUUAAGAAGAUAAAUUUCUGAUCUAGAACUUCAAUUAAGUUAAUCAUAAUAAGAAAAUGAUAGACUUAAACAAUUACUUUAAAAUAGAGAUUCAGAAAUCUAAUAACUUAGAUUAUAAAUAUCAAGAUUAUAAACAAAUGCUUAGGAUACAAGUUAAUUAAGAGAUUUAGAAAAUCAAUUGAGAUUAUCUAAAGAUGAAAGUUCUAAACUUGAAAGAUUAUUAUAAUAAGCAAAUUAAGAUAUUUAAAGUUAGAAAAACAAAUGUUCAGUCAUUGAAUAAGAAUCAUAUACUAAAAAUAAUGAACUAAUCAUGUAAAUAAGAGAUUAUGAAGUAAUAAUCUAUUAAUUUAUAUUAGAAUAAAUUAGCUUUGAUAUCUACUGAUAUUGAAAGAUUAUAAAUUCAAAUUAGAAACAAUGAUACAGAAUUAAAUGAGUGGAGAAUGAGAUAUACUGAAUUAGAAUCUUAAGGAACUACUGUUAUUUAAGAGAAAGUCACAUAUCUAUCAUAAGAAGUUGAAGUUUGGAAAUCGAAGUUCAUUAAAACAAAUCAUGAAUACAAUAAAUGUAAGGAAGAAUUGACUAUGUGUUAAGCAGAAUUAGAAUCUCUUAAAAAGAGUGGAUCAAGGAAAGUAAAUUUAAUAUUGAAAUUGAGGAAGUUGUUUUUACAUAAAAACUGUUACAUCAAGGGCUGGUAAUACUUUAACUGUAACUGGACCAACUGGAUCAUAAUCUUAAAUUAAAAGAACUAGUUAAUAGGAAUGAUUCAUUUAUUUUAUCUAAGUACAAUUAAAAUCAUAAUACCCAACCAUUUCAUUUGUGUCUUCUCUAAAAUAAUAAAGUUUAUCUGUAUUAUUAGUUAUUUAAAAUAAAUUAACAACUAAUAUGUAAUACUAAGACCCAUUAGAAGUAAUUAAUCUAUUUAAAUUCAUAAGAUAAUCAAAUAAGGAACUAGAGUUAAUGUAUUCCUUGUUGAAGAAAUAAGAGCUAUCUUUUUUGAGUCUUUAUAUUAAUCUUCAAUGAAGGAUUAAGCAUCAUUUAUAUCAAGAAGAUUAAGAGAGAGAUUUGGUUGUUAUUGGUUUGUCUUUAUGUGGGAUGAAAGAAGAGAAAAUGCCAAUCCUUUUUACACUAAUAAUAUGGACUUGGUCUUUCAAUUUAAAGUAAUCAAUUAUUUGAAUUUAUUAAAAAGUGGUUAGAUUGGCAUGUUCUAAUCUAUGGAAUUGAUCCAAAAAUGUAUAGAUGA